AUGGCAGGAAAAGGGGGUGUCAAGGGUCGUGGUGAAGUGAUAAUCAUGAGGGGCCGGAAUUUGGUCAGUCUGACUUUGCUCCGUCUCCGCGAUUUAUUGGCGCUUUGCGUGAUCUACAGCAAAUGGCCGUCUGGUAACGGUUGCAUGGGCAUUGGCGAUGCCGUAGCAGCUCGCUGUCAUGACGAUUCAGUCGGAGUUGAGCUAGACGCGGGCUUUGAUGGGGGCUGUGGUGGAAUGGGGAGGAGAAGAGGUCUUUAG